AUGCGAUUGGCGGUGGCAGCCGGCGCCGUGGCAGCGCUGUUGCCUUUGGCGGCAGCGCAGCUCUCGUUCUGGCACCUGCUGGCUAACCGUGGCGGGGCCAGGCUACGCGACCCGUACGAAGCACUGGACGCUCUGUCCCGCGUCGGAUAUUCGGCCUUGGUGGAUCCUGACGAGGAAGGCAGUGGUUCGGACAGUCCGCUGGACACGAAGCAGGCCCUUGAGUACGUCGCCAAGCUUGGAUGGUCUGACGUAAAUAUUGCCGCGGUUACGGAGACCUUCAGUACGGGCAUAACGACGCCGGAGACGUGCGCCACCUGCGAAUACUUCAUGGGCGUGCUGAAAAAUAAUUCCGGAAGGUUCUCAAUGACCGUCCUGGUUGCCUUUCUGUGGACUGUGUGCUAUAUCCAGUCCUACACCACGACUGAAGUGUGCACGGGCAUCGUCAGAGCCUACAAGGACGACGUCGGUUACGUGAUGAGAACCACGAGGUCCUCGCCAAACGAGAUGUGCACGCUCAUGUUCGGCAGAACGUGCGGAAACCUGACGUUGCCCGAACACGUGUGGGAGAUCGUCGUGCCCGAAAAGUCCACCUCCAACAGGCCAGCACCCGAAGAGAGAGCACAGUCAAGAGACGAGCCGGGGUCGUCAUUCCGCGUGCUACAGCUGUCGGACACGCACUACGACCCGGAGUACAUCGAAGGGAGCCUGGCAGCCUGCGACGAGCCCCUGUGCUGCCGGCCAGCUUCUGGAGAAGUGCAAAACGACACCGACCGCGCGGGACGCUGGGGUGACUUGCGCAACUGCGACCUACCCUUCCGCACGCUGGACAACAUGCUCGUGCACAUCGGAAGUCAGGGACGCCAGAGCGGCGGCGCACUGCUUUUUUUUUAUGAGGCUGAGUUCGCCUACUGGACCGGCGACCUCCCACCGCACGACGUGUGGAAGAUAACGCGGGCGGCCAACUUCGAGAACUUCGAGACGACCGUCACGACCAUCGCCAAGCGGCUACCGGGCAUCACGGUCUACCCGGUUGUCGGAAACCAUGAAGCUGUUCCCCCGAACAUGUUCCCUGAGACCGACCACAGCGACGCAAAGGUCGCCGAGAAGUCGCAGUGGGUGUACGACACCCUAGCCGAAGAUUGGAAGGUCUGGCUUCCAGAAGACGCUCUGGCCACCGUCAGACGUGCUGGAUACUACGUCACAAAGCCAAGGGAAGGCCUUCGAUUGAUAUCGCUCAACACAAACUUCUGCUACAAUUUCAACUUCUGGCUUUUCGUGAAUUCGACCGACCCUGGAAACCAGCUGCAUUGGCUGGUGGACGAGCUGCUUGAUGCCGAAGGCGUUGGCGAUAAGGUUCAUCUGAUCGGGCACAUACCUCCCGGCUUGCCUGACUGCCUCGACACUUGGAGCGCCAUGUUUCACAGAAUCGUCGAAAGGUUUUCGGACACAGUGGUCGGACAGUUCUACGGACACACGCAUUACGACGAGGCGAUCGUGUACUACUCGUCCGCCGACCGGUCGCGGCCUUUCGGACUCGCUUUCGUCGCUCCAAGCGUCACCACGUACAGCUUUCUCAACCCCGCUUACCGGAUGUACGACGUCGACUCGGAAUCCAAGCUCGUGACGAGACACGAGACGUACUCCAUGAACGUGACCGAGGCGAACCAAGAUGGCGGAGAACCGCACUGGAGACUGGAGUAUAGCACCGAGGAUCUAGGUCUGGCGCAAGCUGGCCACGAGGACUGGGCCGCGCUCAUCGAUGCCAUGGAUACUGACCAGGCCCGGUUCAUCCAAUUCGUUCGGUACACAACUCGCCUCGACGACGAGGAUACCAGGUGCGACGACGCGUGUCGCGAGCGACUGCUGUGCCGCUGGAGAACGGACAGGGCGCACGACUACUCGGCCUGUCCUCGAGACCCCACGGCCGACAGGAACAACACUACCGGGAGUAAAGAGAAGCAUUCGUAA